AUGGUGCCACGGCUACUAUCAUCGAGCCUUGCGGCGCAAUGCUGUCGAACGCCGUCGAAUGCAUCAUCAUUUUCGCCGCUGGCCGCUCUCCUGGCGAACCUUUCGCUGCAGCCGUCAUCGCAGCAAACGCGUCAGGCUUCUGUCCUCAGUCGCCUCUCGAAUAACCCCGGCGCCGUCAAGAAAAGGAAGCGUGUUGGUCGUGGUCCAUCUUCUGGACAUGGAAAGACGUCAGGAAGGGGUCACAAGGGUCAGGGGCAGCACGGCAAGGUGAAUCCAUGGUUCCAAGGUGGUCAAACACCUUUGAUUGUCCAGAAGGGUCGGCACGGAUUCGACAACCUCCGUGCCCCUGUCAUGUCCGAGGUCAACCUCGACAAGCUUCAAAGCUGGAUCGACCAAGGCCGCAUUGACCCAACGAAACGAAUCACACCAAAGGAGCUCAUCGAGAGCCGCUUGGUGGGUAGCGUGCGGGACGGCAUCAAGCUUCUCGCGCGAGGCAAGAUGUCUCUCAAGCAGCCCAUCGACAUUGUCGCCUCGCGCGCGUCCGCCGGCGCCAUUGAGGGCAUUGAGCGCACGGGCGGCAAGGUCCUCACACGAUACUACACGAAGCUUUCCAUGCGACGACUACUAUCCGGCGAAUCGGUACACACGGACCUGCCCCUGCCGCAGGGCAAGGAGUACGUGGAGAAGAUUGUGGAUGAGGCGCGGAAGACGAGGUUCAGGUACCGUCUGCCUGACCCCACAAGCCGCGAGGAUAUCGAGUACUACCGUGAUCCGGCGCACAGGGGCUACCUGAGCCACCAGCUCAAGGAGGGCGAGUCGCCUUCGCUCUACUUCAGGGUCCCGAGCAAGGAGAAGGUGAAGAAGGCCGAGGCCGAGGAGGUGAAGAAGCCCAAGGAAGAGUCGAUGUGGUGA